AUGGGGCAGACUGCCGCCAAGGUUGCAAAAGAAGAUGUUACUACACUCCAAGCUGCAAAUCAAACUCCGCCGAUGGAGAACACGAAUCCAACUCUUGGCCCUCAGAGUGACAUUGCCCCACUGCCCAAGGCUGCCACUGUCAUUACUACUGCUCCAGCUCCAGCUUCUGCUCCUAUCGAUGCUACACCUACAACUUCCGUCGACCCCACCCCUACUACCCCUUUGGGUGAGGCCUUUCUUGCUCAAGCCAAUGCUGCGUCCACUUCUCAUAGUGCUGACACAUUCUUUGCUAGUAUUGAUGAACUUUUCGGUGACAUUGGAGGUGACAUCGACAGUAAGGACGCAAAUUCAUCCUCUUUUGCAAUACAAGAUCGCCUUUCUUUUUCCAAGUUUUUUUUUGUCGUUCCUCGGCCCCAAGGCUCCAAGACCCCUCCCCAUCCUCAGGGGUGCUAG